GAACAGUACCGCAGGCAGGGGGCGGCAACAUGGCGGAGUGAGCUGUGUCGGCUUCAAAGGACAACACUGGCAACUGCACCGCUACUGGCUGACAUCUGCUAGAUAUUUAGAAAAAGAUAACACGUUCCGCUAAUCAUUUAGAAAUACAAUCUAACAGCAAACAGCUUGCAUUUCAAAUCAUACGGGUGGAAAGGGUGGAAUUUAAAAGAAAAAAUAGAUUUUUUCUUGUUAUUAUUCCAGAAUUUUCUGUUUUUCUUCUUGAUGCUUUGCUCAGUCGGGGGGUGAUAGAAGCAGGUGAGACCGCAGCCGCUACUUCGGUUUCGGGUGGAAAUGUCGAGCGAGAAGCCGGUGUCGGUAGCGGGUUCGGUUUUGCACUCCGACCGAGAACCUCCCCCUGGUUUUGGCCAGCAAGGUGCUGCUGUCUCUGCUGCCGGGGAGGUGAUGGUGUCUGGUUCGGGUUCGAUGGUUCUGCCGGCCGGGGUGAUCAACCCCUCAGUCCCGAUCCGGAAUAUCAAGAUGAAAUUCGCCGUCUUGAUCGGACUGAUCCAGGUUGGGGAGGUUAGCAACAGGGACAUCGUCGAGACUGUUCUGAACCUGCUCGUCGGUGGGGAGUUUGAUUUGGAGAUGAACUUCAUCAUCCAGGAUGCUGAAAGUAUAGCGUGCAUGGUGGAGCUGCUGGAGCACUGUGAUGUCACUUGCCAGGCAGAAAUCUGGAGCAUGUUCACAGCUAUUCUGCGGAAGAGCGUCCGCAAUCUACAGACCAGCACGGAGGUCGGCCUUAUAGAACAGGUGCUGCUAAAAAUGAGCACAGUCGAUGACAUGAUAGCAGAUCUUUUGGUUGAUAUGUUGGGAGUUCUUGCCAGCUACAGCAUUACUGUCAAGGAACUGAAGCUUCUCUUCAGCAUGUUGCGAGGAGACAGUGGAGUCUGGCCAAGGCACGCAGUCAAGUUGCUGUCAGUUUUGAAUCAAAUGCCACAAAGACACGGCCCAGACACCUUUUUCAACUUUCCAGGUCGAAGUGCUGCAGCCAUCGCAUUGCCUCCAAUUGCUAAGUGGCCUUACCAAAAUGGUUUUACUCUCAACACCUGGUUUCGAAUGGACCCCCUGAAUAAUAUCAAUGUAGACAAGGACAAACCUUAUCUUUAUUGCUUUCGUACAAGCAAAGGGAUUGGUUACUCUGCACAUUUUGUUGGAAACUGUUUGAUCGUCACAUCCCUGAAGUCAAAAGGCAAAGGUUUUCAGCACUGCGUGAAAUAUGAUUUCCAGCCUCGGAAAUGGUAUAUGAUCAGCAUCGUUCACAUUUACAACCGCUGGAGAAACAGUGAAAUUCGGUGUUAUGUAAAUGGACAACUAGUUUCCUACGGCGACAUGGCCUGGCAUGUUAACACCAAUGACAGUUAUGAUAAAUGCUUCCUGGGUUCUUCUGAGACCGCUGAUGCUAAUAGAGUUUUCUGUGGUCAGCUAGGAGCAGUUUACGUGUUCAGUGAAGCACUCAAUCCAGCACAGAUAUUUGCAAUACAUCAACUCGGACCUGGGUACAAGAGUACAUUUAAAUUCAAGUCAGAAAGCGACAUUCACCUGGCAGAACACCACAAACAAGUUCUUUAUGAUGGAAAGCUUGCCAGCAGUAUAGCUUUCACUUACAACGCCAAGGCUACAGAUGCUCAGCUCUGUCUUGAGUCCUCACCAAAGGAAAACCCCUCCAUCUUUGUACACUCACCCCAUGCUCUCAUGCUGCAGGAUGUGAAGGCUAUAGUGACUCAUUCAAUCCAUAGUGCAAUCCAUUCAAUUGGGGGGAUUCAGGUUCUCUUCCCAUUGUUUGCUCAGCUGGACUAUCGUCAACAAAAUGACAGUCAAGUGGAAACUACAGUCUGUGCCACCCUUUUGGCGUUUCUGGUUGAGCUGUUAAAGAGUUCAGUAGCCAUGCAAGAACAAAUGUUGGGUGGAAAAGGGUUCCUGGUGAUUGGUUAUCUCUUGGAAAAGUCAUCAAGAAUUCACAUAACCCGUGCUGUCCUAGAGCAAUUUCUGUCCUUUGCAAAAUACCUCGAUGGUUUGACACAUGGAGCACCAUUAUUAAAGCAACUGUGUGACCACAUCCUGUUUAACGCAGCCAUCUGGAUUCACACUCCUGCAAAGGUCCAGCUGUCUCUGUAUACCUAUUUAUCUGCUGAGUUCAUUGGCACAGCCACCAUUUACACUACCAUCCGCAGAGUAGGCACAGUCCUGCAGCUGAUGCACACCCUCAAAUAUUACUACUGGGCGAUCAACCCAGUGGACAGCAGUGGUAUAACUCCAAAAGGGUUAGAUGGUCCUCGUCCACUACAGAAGGAAAUCAUAUCCCUGCGAGCUUUUAUGCUGUUGUUUUUAAAACAACUUAUAUUAAAGGAUCGUGGUGUUAAGGAAGAUGAACUGCAAAGUAUUCUGAACUACUUGUUGACAAUGCAUGAGGAUGAAAAUAUCCACGAUGUUCUCCAGCUGCUUGUCGCUCUUAUGUCAGAGCAUCCAGCAUCCAUGAUACCUGCCUUUGAUCAGAGAAAUGGAAUACGGGUCAUCUACAAGUUGCUGGCCUCCAAGAGUGAAAGCAUCAGAGUUCAAGCCCUCAAAGUCCUGGGCUAUUUCCUUAAGCACCUGGGUCAUAAAAGGAAGGUGGAGAUCAUGCAUACACACAGUCUCUUCACCCUUCUCGGGGAACGGCUAAUGCUUCACACCAAUACUGUGACCGUGACAACGUACAACACACUGUAUGAGAUUCUGACUGAACAAGUGUGCACUCAAGUAGUGCAUAAGCCACAUCCAGAACCAGACUCAACUGUAAAAAUUCAGAAUCCAAUGAUUCUUAAGGUGGUGGCAACGUUACUGAAAAAUUCAACGCCAAGCGCAGAUCUCAUGGAAGUCCGUCGUCUGUUUUUGUCUGAUAUGAUAAAGCUAUUUAGUAACAGCCGAGAGAACAGACGGUGUCUCCUUCAGUGUUCUGUUUGGCAAGACUGGAUGUUUUCUCUCGGCUACAUCAACCCAAAAAACUCAGAGGAGCAGAAGAUCACAGAGAUGGUGUACAACAUCUUCCGGAUUCUCCUGUAUCAUGCAAUCAAAUACGAGUGGGGAGGCUGGCGAGUCUGGGUAGACACACUCUCUAUAGCACAUUCAAAGGUGACCUACGAAGCUCACAAGGAAUACCUGGCCAAGAUGUACGAGGAGUACCAGAGACAGGAGGAGGAGAAUAUCAAAAAGGGGAAAAAAGGAGGUGUCAGCACCAUCUCAGGCCUGUCUGCUCAGGCCUCUGGAGUGAAAGGAGCCAUUGAGAUCAGAGAGAUCGACGACAACUCUCAGACCCAAACCCCCGAAAGCGAAACUGACUACCCGGUGACCACGGAUUCCAGGAACCUGCUAGCCGAGACUAAGGUGCCAGAAGAUGGGCUGGUAGCUCCAGAAAGGCAGGUGAGCGGUGUGCGGGUGGAGGUCCAUGACCUGUUGGUGGACAUCAAGGCGGAGAAGGUGGAGGCAACUGAAGUGAAGCUGGACGAUAUGGACCUGUCCCCAGAGACAUUGGCUGGAAGAGAAAAUGGCAGCCUGGUGGAGGUAGACUCCCUCUUGGACAACGUCUACUGCGCAGCCGUGGAGAAGCUGAAGAGUAACGUCAAUGGGACCCUCAUUCCCAAGCAAAGCGAAGACAAAGACAGCGGCCCCUUGAUAACACUGGCUGACGAAAAGGACAGCAUCCCCAACAACAACAACUCGUUUCUGUUCAAUAAGGUUCCGAGCCAAGACGAGAAGCUGCUGCCCGACUUCACGUCCAACGUCCCCAUUGUAAUGCCGAAUUCCCAGGAUGCUCAUGUGCACACCAGUGCCAGCGAUGACUUGGGUCUCCUGGCUCACAUGACGGGUAGUGCUGACCUUACUACUUCAACAAACAUCCUUGAUGACAACGAGUUCAAGAUCCAAACGACUUUGGCCGAAAUAAGCUCCAUUGCAGAGGCUGCAGCCGCAUCCAAAGUGGCAGAGUAUGCAGAUAUUACAGGGGUUGACUCAGAUCCAUCUGUGAUCAAAACAGCAGGUAGCGCGGAUGCUGCCAGUACCAUGUCAGACACGGAGAGAUCUGAUGAUGGCAAAGAUAAAGAGAUCAAGAAGAUCCAAACAACAGCUACUACUACCCAAGCUGUCCAGGGCCGUCCAGAAAGCCAGAUGGAAAGGGACCUGAGGGUUGACCUGGGCUUCAGAGGAAUGCCAAUGACAGAGGAGCAGAGGCGGCAGUUCAGCCCUGGACCUCGUACCACCAUGUUUCGAAUCCCAGAGUUCAAGUGGUCCCCCAUGCACCAGCGACUUCUUACUGAUUUGCUCUUUGCUCUGGAGACAGAUGUCCAUGUUUGGAGAAGCCACUCCACAAAAUCAGUAAUGGACUUUGUCAACAGUAAUGAAAACAUAAUUUUUGUGCAUAACACCAUUCACCUAAUUUCCCAGAUGGUAGACAACAUAAUUAUUGCCUGUGGAGGAAUAUUGCCUUUGUUAUCUGCAGCUACGUCCCCUUCUGGUUCUAAGGUUAGUAUUUCCGCUACGGAGCUGGAGAAUAUUGAAGCAACUCAAGGCAUGUCAGCGGAGACAGCAGUCACCUUUCUCAGCAGGCUCAUGGCCAUGGUUGAUGUGCUGGUGUUUGCCAGCUCCCUCAAUUUCAGUGAGAUUGAAGCGGAAAAGAACAUGUCUUCUGGAGGCUUAAUGCGACAGUGCCUGAGGCUCGUGUGUUGUGUUGCUGUGCGGAACUGCCUGGAAUGCAGGCAAAGACAACGUGACAGAACGACAAAGUCCUCAAUGCCGAACAGUAAGACUCAGGAGAACCUGCAGAGUGCGAGCGGAACAACUGCUGCCAAGACUACCAUAGAGAAUGUCCCCAGUAACCUUUCUCCUAUCAAGGACCCCGACAGACUGCUUCAGGAUGUGGACAUUAACCGUCUCCGGGCAGUAGUCUUCCGUGACGUGGAUGACAGUAAGCAGGCUCAGUUUCUAGCACUGGCAGUCGUCUACUUUAUUUCUGUAUUGAUGGUAUCAAAGUACCGGGACAUCCUAGAACCGCAGAGGGAGACAGCCAGGUCUGGGAGCCAGUCUACGAGGAAUAUUCGUCAAGAAAUCAACUCGCCAACAAGUACAGAAAACCCUACCGCUUUCUCUGAGAGCAUUAAAGAGAAAGAAACCCCGAGUCCUUUCGAGGACCUUCACAUAGAGAGCUCCCUCCCACACACAGACUCAGGGAUUGGGGAGGAGCAGGUCUCUAACAUACUGAAUGGCUCAGACCUAGAGACCAGCGCAGGCCCUGAUGCCAUGAGUGAGCUCAUCUCUACCUUAUCCUCCGAGGUAAAGAAGUCGCAGGAAAGCCUCCCGGAAAGCCCAAGCGAAAUGCUCAAGCCAGCCUGCUCCAUAUCGAGCAUCAGCCACGGAAACAAGGGAAUCAACGUGAGGGAAAUCCUAAAGAGCCUGGUGGCUGCACCUGUGGAAGGUGCAGAGUCUGGGCCUGAACCGUUGCCCUACCCAGAUCCAGCUGUAAAAAGAGAAGCACAGGCUAUUCUACCCAUGCAGUUUCACUCCUUUGACAGGAGUGUAGUUGUGCCAGUGAAGAAACCCCCACCUGGCAGCCUGGCAGUGAACACGGUUGGUGCAGCCAGCGCGGCAGGAGGUCUUGCUUCUGGAAGCACACCGAAUAUAUUUGCUGCAGCAUCAGCGACACCAAAAAGCAUGAUCAACACAACAGGUGCAACAGAUUCUGCCUCCACAUCAUCGUCCUCCUCCUCCAGUUUUGUGAAUGGUGCUACCAGCAAAAAUCUUCCAGCGGUUCAGACUGUUGCUCCAAUGCCAGAGGACACUGUUGAAAACAUGAGUGCCUUUUGUGAUGUGGACCAAUGUCCACUCCGAACCGGGCUGAGACCACCAGAACUCAAUUCACUUAGCCCCCUGGCCGGAUUCGAACCAGGUCCCAGAGGUGAAGGCCAGUGUCUUAGCAUCACAACAAAGCUGGAACGUGCUCUUGAGAAAGUGGCUCCUCUUUUGCGUGAGAUCUUUGUAGACUUUGCCCCCUUCCUUUCCCGUACACUUCUUGGCAGCCAUGGUCAGGAGUUGCUGAUAGAAGGUACAGGUCUGGUUUGCAUGAAAUCAAGUACCUCGGUAGUGGAGCUUGUCAUGCUGUUGUGUUCACAGGAAUGGCAAAACUCAAUACAGAAGAAUGCAGGACUUGCGUUUAUUGAACUCAUCAACGAAGGAAGACUGCUGUGUCAUGCCAUGAAGGACCACAUAGUCCGUGUUGCCAAUGAGGCUGAGUUCAUUCUGAACAGACAGAGGGCUGAAGAUGUUCACAAGCACGCUGAGUUCGAGUCCAAUUGUGCCCAGUAUGCUGCUGACAGGAGGGAAGAGGAGAAGAUGUGUGACCAUCUUAUCAGCGCUGCCAAACACAGGGAUCAUGUGACCGCCAAUCAGCUGAAACAGAAAAUCCUAAAUAUCUUGACAAACAAACAUGGAGCCUGGGGAACCCUCUCUCAAAGCCCACUGCAUGAUUUUUGGCGCCUCGACUACUGGGAAGAUGACCUGAGGAGGAGACGGCGUUUUGUGCGCAAUGCCUUUGGGUCCACCCACCCAGAAGUCAUGCUGAAAGCAGUGGAGGACUAUGCUACAGACGAAGAUGAUGUAGUGAAGUCAAAGAAAACUUUCCGAAGCCAAGCAGUGGUAAACCAGAAUGCAGAAACCGAGCUCAUGCUGGAGGGAGAUGAUGAUGCCAUCAGCCUUUUACAAGAGAAGGAGAUUGACAACCUAGCAGGUCCUGUUGUUCUGAGCACUCCGGCCCAUCUUAUUGCCCCGGUUAUUGUGACUAAAGGGACGCUGUCCAUCACUACAACUGAGAUCUAUUUCGAAGUGGAUGAAGAUGACCCCGCUUUUAAAAAGAUCGACCCCAAAGUCCUGUCAUACUCAGAAGGUCUACAUGGGAAAUGGAUGUUCAGCGAGAUCCGAGCGGUGUUCUCCAGGAGAUAUCUUCUCCAGAACACUGCUUUGGAAGUGUUCAUGGCCAACAGAACUUCUGUUAUGUUCAACUUUCCCGACCAGGCGACAGUGAAGAAAGUUGUGUACAGCUUGCCUCGGGUUGGAGUUGGCACCAGCUAUGGUUUGCCACAAGCCAGGAGAAUCUCCUUGGCCACCCCUCGCCAGCUCUUCAAGUCCUCCAACAUGACACAGCGCUGGCAGAGAAGGGAGAUUUCCAACUUUGAGUACUUGAUGUUCCUCAACACUAUAGCAGGGCGGACAUACAAUGAUUUAAACCAGUACCCUGUGUUUCCAUGGGUUUUAACCAACUACGAGUCAGAAGAGGUAGACCUGACCCUACCAGGCAACUUCAGGGACCUCUCAAAGCCCAUUGGAGCACUGAACCCCAAGCGAGCUGUCUUCUAUGCUGAGCGCUAUGAGACCUGGGAAGAGGACCAGACGCCACCUUACCACUACAACUCGCACUACUCCACAGCUGCCUCCACACUCCUGUGGCUUGUUAGAAUUGAGCCGUUUACCACCUUCUUUCUCAACGCUAAUGACAACAAGUUUGACCAUCCUGACCGGACCUUCUCUGCUAUAGCAAGGUCUUGGCGGAACUGUCAAAGAGACACCUCUGAUGUGAAAGAGCUGAUCCCGGAGUUCUAUUAUCUCCCUGAGAUGUUUGUGAACAGUAACGAAUAUAAUCUGGGGGUUAGAGAUGACAGGACAGUUGUGUCUAAUGUUGAUCUCCCUCCCUGGGCGAAAAAACCAGAAGAUUUUGUCCGGAUAAACAGGAUGGCUCUGGAAAGCGAGUUUGUGUCAUGUCAACUGCAUCAGUGGAUUGACCUUAUUUUUGGAUACAAGCAGCGUGGACCUGAGGCAGUGCGUGCGCUCAACGUCUUUCACUACCUGACUUACGAGGGCUCAGUCAAUCUGGACAGCAUCACAGACCCUGUUCUCCGAGAGAUUCCAGAGCCUUAUUUUAUUAGAGAACCCCACACUUUCCUCCUUACAUCCUCAUUUAUCAAGGCCAUGGAGGCACAAAUACAGAAUUUUGGACAGACGCCAUCUCAGUUGCUUAUCGAGCCACAUCCUCCUCGGAGCUCUGCCAUGCACCUGUGUUUCCUUCCACAGAGCCCCCUCAUGUUUAAGGAUCAGAUGCAGCAGGACGUGAUCAUGGUACUCAAAUUCCCCUCCAACUCCCCCGUCACUCAUGUGGCAGCAAACACGCUGCCCCACCUCACCGUCCCCGCAGUGGUGACGGUCACCUGCAGCAGGCUGUUUGCUGUCAAUAGGUGGCACAACACAGUAGGCCUCAGGGGAGCCCCAGGAUACUCUCUGGAACAGGCCCAUCACCUGCCCAUUGAAAUGGAUCCAUUAAUUGCCAAUAACUCGGGUAUGAACAAGAGACAAAUCACAGACUUGGUGGACCAGAGCAUCCAGAUCAACACUCACUGUUUUGUGGUGACUGCUGAUAACCGCUACAUCCUAGUCUGUGGCUUCUGGGACAAGAGCUUUAGAGUUUACUCCACAGAAACAGGGAAACUGACUCAAAUAGUAUUCGGUCACUGGGAUGUAGUGACGUGUCUGGCUCGGUCCGAGUCCUAUAUUGGGGGCGACUGCUACAUAGUGUCGGGGUCCCGGGAUGCCACGCUGCUGCUGUGGUACUGGAGCGGACGACACCACAUCAUCGGAGACAAUCCUAAUAACAGUAGCAACUUUUGCCAUCCAACGCAUCGACCCAGUUUUGACGCCACUGCCAGGCAGCCCAGAAAGAUGACUUCUGACAGCCCUUAUCUGUUCCGCCACUGUGACUACCCGGCACCGAGAGCCGUCCUGACUGGUCAUGAUCAUGAGGUGGUCUGUGUGUCUGUCUGCGCAGAGCUGGGCCUGGUCAUCAGCGGAGCCAAAGAGGGGCCAUGCUUGGUGCACACCAUUACGGGAGACCUCCUCAGGGCCUUGGAGGGACCAGAGAACUGCCUCUGCCCACGUCUCAUCUCAGUGUCCAGCGAGGGCCACUGUAUCAUCUGCUACGAACGGGGAAGGUUCUGCAAUUUCAGCAUCAAUGGAAAACUCUUGGCGCAGAUGGAGAUCAAUGAUUCCACCAGGGCCAUACUCCUAAGCAGUGAUGGGCAGAACCUGGUUACAGGAGGUGACAAUGGAGUGGUGGAGGUGUGGCAAGCCUGUGACUUCAAACAACUAUAUAUAUACCCUGGCUGUGACGCUGGCAUCAGGGCAAUGGACUUAUCACAUGAUCAAAGGACUCUGAUAACUGGAAUGGCUUCCGGGAGCAUUGUCGCUUUUAACAUUGAUUUUAACCGGUGGCACUAUGAACAUCAGAACAGAUACUGAAUGAGGACUAAAGACCGACUGCAGUGGGAAUGUCAGGUGCUGCAGAGAGCACAAGUGCUGCAGGGAGCGUCCAGUCUAGACAAAAGAACGACAUAAUAGAGACUUCCUCGACCUCUGAUGUGCAUUCCAUUACACCUAGCAAUAGCAGUCCAUUGUAGUCAGAAACCUUGGUAUUUUGUGUUUUCUUUCACACCUAAGAACCAGCUGCUACCAAGCUAGCUUGUAUCAUGCAAAUUCAUGAAAAUCAAAACGGAUUCUGUAAAUCAUAUUUCAUAUUUCCAAUGCCUUUUUAUUUAUUGAGGAGGGGUGGAAACUUGCAUUGUAAAGACCUUGGAGGAAAAAAAAAGUCCAGUUAAAAAAAAAAGAGUAAAUAAAUGAAUAAAUAAAUAAAUAAAUAAAUAAACAAAACGAUAAUAAGUAUUUUAGAUUUAACUUGUCGUUGUAAUUUCAGUCAUAUUUUUCAAGCUGUGAAAAAAAAAAAAUCCCAUUUGAUACUUUGUACAUCCGUUGCACAGCUUAUCUUAAAGGGAUACUUUUGUAAAAGUAAAACCUUGUAUAAAAAAUGUUUCUUAUCCAGAUGUGGAGUUUCAUUAUGCAUGUAUUGUACAUCUGGUGUAUCAGUGGAACAGAUGCAUUUACAAAGCUUCAAAAAACAUCUUGGUGAUGGGUAUGGAAGUCGGCUUGUUUUAAAUGAACAAACCACAAAGGGGUCUUACAAACAGUUUCACCAUUUUCACACAAGGGUAUUGAGAAGUGAUUUUUACUUCCAUGUAUAUGCGUGUCCAUUUCACACUUAACAUUUAGGACUCAGUGUAAAGAACAAUUAUAUUCAAUUAUGGUCAUAUUUCUUUUAACUGGAAGUGUAGUGGGGAAAGCUCAUUUUGUGCUUUUAUGGUAAAACAACAAACCUUUUGAAUGCAGUUGGUUUCCUGAUCUCAGAGUACAGUGAUUUGAAAAGGAAACGAAGCUCAUUGUGAAAUUCUCAUCUCUGCUAUCCUCUUGGUCAUACUGAGGCACAGGUUAUUUCUUCAUAAUUUGAUGUAUUGUAAAGGUGGGUGGUUACUACAGGUUUUACCUGCACACUAAUUGGUUCAGACAACACACCCAGAGGUGAACUAUCUAAAGUCCUUCCUGUUCUUCUUUGUAUAUUUGGUGACUGUUUUGUCAUAGAUGUACAUAUUGUGUUGGUAGGGCUAUGAGGCAUGUAACGGGAAUGUCAUUUUCUCAAGACAAAAAAAAUACACUUGCAGUCAUUUAUUUAAGAUUAAUUAAUUAAUGGAAUCUUUGUACUGGCACUUCUCACCAGAAACAUAUCAUUAUUUAUUGCUGUGAUUACUUAUUUGUCACCCACCUUGUAUUAGUAAAUUUUAGCACUGAAUUCUUUAUUCAUUGUUGUUUGUAUUUAAAGACUAUGAAUCACGGGGGGAGCCAGUGUAAUGAUUAGGUUGUACAACCACAAGUCAGUGAGCAAUAUCAUGAGUUUUUAGCUUAGAUUUUGGGGAAUAUUUAGGCAUCUGGAACAAACAAAUAAAAAAAAAUGAAAAAUAAAAUCUUAAAAAAAAAAAAAAACAGGUUCUGUCAUCUGGAAAUAUUUUGGAUAUAUACAAUCCUAAAGCUAUUGUAACCAUGUUUUAUUGCAAAGAUGUGAAAUAUGCCAGAUGUGUGUGAGUUGGAAAUUAAAAAGAAAAAUAAAAUAUGCAAAGAAUUCAAUGAUUGGCCUUUUUCUUUGACCAUGCCAUUUGCACAGGUUACAUACCAGCUGUAGGUGCUGGAAUUGGACAUUUUGCUUGAAAUCAAUAGUGUGUGUCUAGAAGUGUAUACUUGUACUGUAUUCCUUGAAUUUAUUUUUCAUGACGGUUUUACUUUUCUAAUGUAUUUAUUUUUUAAUCUUCAGCGUUUAUAAGAGAUUUCAUUUAAAUGAAGAUAAUACUAGGUGAAAAUCCUGCCAUAAUGAGUCAAAUUGUUUUUUUCUGUUAUUGUUUUGUUUUGUUUUCUAAGCAUUUCUAUAUGAUUUUUAAGUUAUCUGGACUGUUUUUUUCUGAUGUGUUAUGUGUUUGAAGUUUAUAAAAAUAAAGAAAAUUCAGAACAUCCUUGUUGGAAAUAAUUUAAAUUAUAAUUUUGCAGAUAUAAUCAACCUAUAACUGUAAAAUAAAAAUAAAAUGGUUUCUUUUUCC